CGUCUUAUUAUAAAAAAUAUGUAAAAAAAAAAAAUUAAAAAAGCGAAAAUGUACGUCGCAUUUGGCCUGCGCGAGCUGCCGUAGUAAGUUAUGGUCUGCACAUGUGUUUCUUCUCGGUUAUAAUAAAAGACUGAAAACAUCACGUGGGAUGUCUUGUUUCUCUUGUGGACUCUUCAUAAGAGAAGAUCAUGUUUGGAAGACUGGUUCCCUUUCAUCAGAUUGCAUUUGCUACUCUGGUUGGAGUGGUGGGAGGUGUGUAUAUCUACAGGCCUGUAUUUGAGGCACCCAGAAAACCUCCAGCUGCACCAUUUAAUCAAUAUGCACCAGAUCAAGACCUCAGGCCUGACCCAGAGGAGCAGAGAGCGGAAACUACCCAACAAGCACAGCAACAUGCAUCUGCAAACAAAAACUGACGCCUAACAAGAGUCUGAAUGUGCCUGUGUUAAAUGCUUGUUAUUGUAACUAAAAGCUCCUUAAUAAAAUGCCUUAUUGACUCAAUUAAUAAAUAAACAAGAUUCCA